CCAAGCGGCGGCCUUACCUUCCUCGUGGAGAGAGAACACAACACGCGCACCCGACUGACAACUCCGCUAACGCACUGCCAUUGCCUUCCGUAUCAUCCAUGGCGGAACGGAAUCCCUAAUUUCCAUCUUCCUAACCCUCUUUCCGAUCCUGACUGAUAUCCGCCCACCGCUGUGCCGCCGGUUCUCUCCGGUUUCACUCUUCGUCGCCUGAGGACGACUGGUUCGCUCCGGACCAUUUUGUCUUGCUUCUGUUUGUUCAUAGGUGACGGAGCUGCGAGGAUCUCCGUGGCUUUGGACUUCUGACGCUGCACUCUUUCCAGCAAGAAGGUUGAUGUAUUCAUAGUUUUUACAAAAAUGGUAUUGGUGUCCAACAGUGGGUUAUCUCAUCAGAAUCAGAAGAGGACAUUAGAGAGUGGUUACCAUUCUUCCUCAUUGGACCAAGAGCCAAAAUUUAAAACUAGGAAAGUCUCUGCAGUUCGGGAUUUUCCUCCCGGGUGUGGUAGGAAUGUCAUCCAAGCUGAUUUGGCAUCUGGUAAAAGUGUUGCAGCAGAUACUGGUGAUAGUGUUGACCCUGGUAUCAGAGAGGGUAGUGCUGAAAAGUUUUCUGAUACUCUUUGUAAGUUGCAAUCCUUAGAAGCUGUGAACUGCCCAGUUUCACCAGAAGUGAAUGGAUCAUUGGAUGGAUUGGUAGCUGACAUCGUGUCUUCGGCUGCAAAUGCAACUCUUAAUAGGGUGGAAGGAGUAACAAGCUGUGUUGAACCUCCUCCUGAAACUGAUUCACUAGAAGGAGAGCACAAAUCAGAGGGGCCAAUGAAGGAAAGUGACCAGAUUAUGAACCAAGAUUUUGCAAAGGAUCUUGAUGAGAUAGUAAAACUACCCAUCGUUGAAAAUGUGUGUGAUGAAGUGGUUAUUCAUUGUGCUAGUAUUGGACCUUUUGAAUCUGGUUUAUUACCAAAAGAAGAAGAUAAUAAUAGAGUGGAGCCAAUUGAGGAUUGGAAUCACAUGAUCCAGAAUCAUGAUUUGGCACAACCUGUUGUUGAAAGUACUGUUUCUCAUGAGGUGGCGGUUCCUGCUAGUAUUGGAAAAACACACAAAAGCAGUGGUGUUAAGGAGGAGGAACCUUCCAUUUCAAUUCCAUCCUUGAUACAGAAAAAAUAUUGCACUAGAAGAGUAUCUGCUGUGCGUGACUUCCCUCCCUUUUGUGGAAGAAAUGCUCCUAAGCCAAUUGAAGGGAAUUGUGAGGAUAUAAUGAAAGAAACUAUUACUGAUAAAUCCAGGGCUUCAAUUGAGAAACCAAGUGCUCAUUGUGGUGUUGAAUCUGUGGCUGGAGGGGAUAUCAUUGUCCACCCUCUGGAGGAAGAAGCUGUUCACAACUGCAUUCUUCCAAAUGAUGGUGAUGAUGAUACUUGUGGUCGUAUUCAAGGGAGAGAUACAAUAAGUGGUAGUGAUGAUGAAGAAAAGUGUUCACAUUUUGAUACUAAUGACCAAGUGGUAGUGCAAGCUCUGAUGGCUGAUCCAUUGAGUCCAUCGAGGAAAGGAGGGCGUGGAGACUCCACUGGUUCAGAUGGUAUGAGAAAAAAAGGUAAAGAAGAUAAGAGGUUCAAUAAAACAAAUUCUUCUUAUAGGACGAAAUACGGUGCUGUUGCAAAAAAAAGUGCUCUUAAUAAGGCAACGCUUUUUUCCAUCGGGGCGAGAGAAGGUGGCCCAAGUUCCAUCCUAGUAAACAAUGAAGAAAGUGAUGCAGUGCAACCUUUUGGUGGUUCUGGUGAUUCCAUUUGUGGAGGAGACGCUACCGUUUAUAGUAAAGUAAGAAAGAAAUUUAAAGCUGUCUCAUUUAAGGUUGGCCAUAAACCAGAUGCUUAUAAGAAAACAUGCCUUCUCAAGAAGAGGCCGACUUCUAAGAUUGCAGAUAUAGAUGAAUGUGCUUUUUUUGAUGAUGGUGAUCUGGGGGGCACUUCUGGUUUCUUUGCUGAAGAAGCUUCUACUACCUAUGGACAUACACUGCCCGAAUUUGAUGUAACUUUGCCACCUUCUGGUCCAAGUGGUUCCAAGCAUGGUGGUGAUGCCCGUGCCAGGGUAAGAGAGACUCUUCGUUUGUUUCAGGUUCUCUAUAGAAAGGUCUUGCAGGGAGAAGAAUCGAAACCUAAGCCAGAUAUUAAAAGGAUUGAUAUUGUCGCAGCUAAGAUAAUAAAAGAAAAAGGUAAAGAAGUCAACACUGGCAGGCUUAUAAUAGGAGAAGUGCCCGGGGCAGAAGUUGGGGAUGAAUUCCAGUACAGGGUGGAACUUGCUCUCAUCGGCAUUCAUCGCCUUUAUCAAGCAGGUAUAGAUUCAACGAAGCAUCCCACAACUGGAUUGCUGAUUGCAGUUAGUAUUGUUGCUUCUGGGGCUUAUGCGGAUGAAAUGGAUGAUCCCGAUGUGUUGGUAUAUUCUGGACAAGGUGGAAAUGUAGUUGGUAAAGUCAAAACACCGGAAGACCAGAAGCUUGAAAAGGGGAAUUUGGCUUUGAGAAACAGCAUAUCUGUGAAGAAUCCAGUUCGGGUAGUCCGUGGGUUCAAGGAGGUCAAGCCAUCCGAAUCUGCUGAUGCAAGAUCAAAGGUGGCAAUGACAUACGUUUAUGAUGGCCUAUACACAGUCGCCAACUACUGGUCAGAGGAAGGUAAGCACGGCAAGAUGGUUUUUAUGUUUGAGCUCAGAAGAAUUCCUGGUCAACCGGAAUUAUUCUGGAAGGAAGUGAAGUCAUCCAAAAAGUCAACUAUACGACGUGGGGUUUGUGUUGACGAUAUAACUGGAGGAAAGGAGGUGCUUCCUAUAUGCGCAAUCAACAGAAUCGACAGUGAAAAACCUCCACCUUUCAAGUACAUCCGUAAGAUGAAAUAUCCGGAAUGGUUCCACCCUUCUCCACUCAAGGGCUGCGAUUGUCCCGGUAAGUGUUCUGAUUCCAAAAAGUGCUUGUGCGCUGUCCGAAAUGGAGGUGAACUUCCAUACAACCGAAACGGGGCCAUCGUCGAAGUGAAACCUCUCGUCUACGAGUGUGGUCCCCACUGCAAAUGUCCACCGUCUUGCUACAAUAGAGUCAGCCAGAAUGGUAUCAAGGUUCAGCUGGAGAUCUUCAAAACGGAGUCCCGGGGAUGGGGCGUCAGAUCCCUAACCUCCAUUCCUUCCGGAACCUUCAUAUGCGAGUACGCAGGAGAGCUCCUGGAAGACAGGGAAGCUGAACGGAGGGUCGGUAAUGACGAGUAUCUUUUUGAUAUUGGCCACAACAUUGACUCUUCUUCUAUCCAAACGUCUACGAACGACAACAAGGUUGGGGAAGAGGUUGGGUAUACCAUAGAUGCAGCAGAGUAUGGGAAUGUCGGAAGGUUCAUCAAUCACAGCUGUUCGCCUAACCUCUAUGCCCAAAAUGUCCUUUUUGACUACGAAGACAAACGGAUGCCGCACAUCAUGCUCUUCGCCGCUGACAAUAUCCCCCCGUUACGCGAGCUAACAUAUCACUAUAAUUAUUCUGUGGAUCAGGUCCAUGACUCUUGUGGGAACAUUAAGGUGAAGAAAUGCUUUUGUGGAUCUGCGGAGUGCUCGGGCAGGCUUUAUUAAUUGGUCUCCUCGUUAUAUCCAGUAUGGUGGCAAAGAGUGGAGUCUGUACUUGGUAUUUGCAAAGGUUAUAUAUUUAGCAUAGUUACCUCACAGCACAGUUGCUAAGAAUCGAACUCGGGUCUUGCCCUCUUGGCACUCAUUGCCUUUGCCAACUUUUUUUUAGACAUUCAUAGAUAGGGAACAAAAAGGCUAAUGGUUGGAGUGGUUUAGCUAUGCUUGGGACAAAUCUAAGCCCUAUUGCAAAUGCUCUUUUUGAAACAAAUUUAAGACCCUUUU